AAGGAACUUAAUGAUGAGCGAAAUCCGAUUUUGACAAGAGAGAUUUCCGCAUUGGAAGAGCCAACCCAGGGUUAUAUGUGAUCAGGAAAGAACCGAGAAAGGAUAGGGAAAGUCUUACAAGCGAUUACAUGACAGCCAAUAUAAAAACUCGAUUAUCUAAAUCCAAAAAUAUUUAAUAAAAAAUAUAUUUAAAUCGGACGUCGUUCUAUAUUUGAAAAAUAAAAAAACAAUGAAAUGUUUAAAAAAAACUUGAAUUUUUAUAAAUAAGAGUAAUAUAUAUUAACGCACUGGAAGAACUUGGUGCAGACUCAUACAAAAAACGCUGAUAAUUAACUGGAAUGAUGAACGGAAUAAAACAACAAGAGUAUUACAGAGCGUGCACCUUUUCCGGUCUACCAGGAAUAGGAAUGUUUCCAGAUCCAUCAUACGGGAAGACUGCAUGGAGCCCUCAAAGUCAAAUGCAGAAUCAAGGCUACCCACACAAUACAAUACCAGGCGUGACCAAGACAGAACCGGGUACAAGUCCCCCUCAUGUUCCAUGGAGACCUCAAGGAACAGGCCAGAUCCAACUUUGGCAGUUUUUACUGGAACUACUUUCCGACAGUACCAACUCUCAGAUUAUCCAAUGGGAGGGGACUAAUGGCGAGUUCAAGCUUUCCGACCCUGAUGAAGUUGCCAGAAAAUGGGGCGAGAGGAAAAGUAAACCAAACAUGAACUACGACAAACUCAGUCGCGCGCUGAGGUACUAUUAUGACAAAAACAUAAUGACCAAGGUACAUGGAAAACGAUAUGCGUAUAAAUUUGACUUUGCGGGCCUAGCACAAGCGAUGCAGCCAAGCACUCCAGACACGGCAGCCUAUAAAUACCAACAAGACUUUUUAAUGUCAAGUUACUAUAAUAAUCAUAAUUAUAAUCCAGCGAAAUAUAACUAUUUAAACCCGCAUGCACAAAUGGGGAGUGCUUCCGGUUAUGCAACCGGAAGUUAUUUGUCAUCCUCAGCGGCGGCUUCCUAUUGGUCAGGAGCAGCUCUCCCUUGUGAGCCCCCUAACACUGGUGAGGAGGUAGUGCCCCCUAACACUGGUGAGGAGGUAGUGCCCCCUAACACUGGUGAGGAGGUAGUGCCCCCUAACACUGGUGAGGAGGUAGUGCCCCCUAACACUGGUGAGGAGGUCGUGAUCUUCUUCGUUUAA